AUGAUAAAAGUUUGGAGGUUGGGACUGCUAGGAUAUGAUACGGCUUACAAAAUUCAAUCAACUAUAGCUCGCAAACAUUUGGACGCAAUAGCAAAAGGUUCAGCUGCGAACUAUGACACUCUUUUAUUAGUUGAGCAUAAACCAGUAUACACUACAGGUAUUAGAGAUAAAAUAUCAAAAGAAGAAACCUUAAGACUUUGUAGACUAGGAGCAGAGUUUCGAAAUACCAAUAGAGGGGGUCUCAUCACAUUUCAUGGACCAGGGCAGCUUGUUGUGUACCCCAUUAUUAAUUUAAAAUAUUUCAAACCCAGUGUCAAAUGGUAUGUUGACAGUUUAGAAGCAACUGUAAUAAAUCUGUGUGAAGAAUUAGGAAUAAAGGCAAACAGGUCUCCUCAUACAGGAGUAUGGGUUGGUGAUAAUAAAAUAGCAGCAAUUGGUGUACAUGCAUCUAGAUAUAUUACAACUCAUGGCAUUUCAUUGAAUUGUAAUAUUGACUUAUCAUGGUUUUCUCAUAUUGACCCUUGUGGCAUUCCUGACAAAGGGGUUACUUCAAUAACAAAGGAAACUGGUGAAGAAUACUCAAUUGAUAAAAUAAUCCCAAUAUUUAUAAACCAUUUCGAAAGAGUAUUUGGCUGUAAUUCAGAGGUCAUAGAUAUAGAUUCCCAACAAGAAAUUCUUAGUAAUGUUUAUAGUAAAUUGAUGGUUGAACUGGGA